AAUUAGUGCUCGUAUUUAACUGAUCGUGCUGCAUAUUUAUUUAUUGUUAUUUUAAAAAAAUGGGACUUUUAUCGCUGUUGCGCAAACUUCGCCCGAAUCCUGAGAAGGAGGCGCGUAUUUUGCUGCUUGGCUUGGACAAUGCCGGCAAGACAACAAUUCUCAAACAACUGGCCUCUGAGGAUAUUGAAACGGUGACGCCUACUGCGGGCUUCAACAUUAAAUCGGUAGCAGCAGAUGGCUUCAAGCUGAACGUGUGGGACAUUGGCGGUCAAUGGAAGAUACGACCAUAUUGGAAGAACUACUUUGCCAAUACAGAUGUUUUGAUCUACGUCAUCGACUGCACGGAUCGCUCACGUCUUAAGGAGACGGGCAGUGAACUAUUUGAGAUGCUGAUGGACAACCGAUUGAAGAAAGUGCCGCUUCUGGUCUUUGCCAACAAGCAGGACUUGCCCAAUGCGAUGACCGCCUCCGAAGUGGCCGAGGCACUGGGUCUGGUGCAAUUGGAAGAGCGCACUUGGGAAAUCAGAGCAUGCACAGCUGUCGAUGGCACGGGCAUCAAGGAGGGCAUGGACUGGGUGUGCAAAAAUAUGAAAAAAUAAAAUUGUAAUUAUAAGAUUAAUGCAAUCAACGUAUACCUUUGGCCAGUAGAAAUUAAUGCAAAAUAUGCAUAUUGUGAACGAAACCAAUGAUUAGUGCACAUAUCAAUGCUUAGUUAUGUGAAAUAAAAUAAAUAAAAGUAGCGUAAGCAUUUCAGAUCUAAAA